UUUUAGGUGAAUUGGAACUCACUUCUGGCACCAUAGAUGUAAACGGUACCAUUUCAUAUGCAUCCCAAGAGCCCUGGGUGUUUGCAGCUACAAUUCGUCAAAAUAUCUUAUUUGGUUCCAGUUACGAUAAACUUCGGUACAAUGACGUUGUACGUGCAUGUGCUCUAGAAAAGGACUUCACCCAAUUUCCGAAUGGAGAUCUAACAAUGGUUGGAGACAGAGGAGCUUCUCUUAGUGGUGGGCAGAAAGCUCGAAUAAAUUUGGCAAGAGCGGUGUAUAGAGAAACUGAUAUAUAUUUGUUUGAUGAUCCUUUGUCGGCUGUUGACAUCCAUGUUUCGAAACAUUUGUAUGAUGAAUGUAUCAAUGGUUACUUGGUUGGAAAGACUAGGAUAUUGGUUACACAUCAAGUACAUCAUUUGAAGGAAGCUGACCAUAUAAUUAUUUUCAAUAAUGGAAUUAUAGAAAAAGAAGGAACUUUCCAAGACCUAUCUGAAAGUGAUAACUUAUACGCAAAGCUGCUGACUGCCGAACCUGAACCUACAGAAGAGGAGAGAUUAAAACAAGUUGAAUCUGCUGUAAUAUCACGAAAACUGUCGCUAAGGAGCAGAAACUCAUCUUUAUCAAGUGCUGUGAGCGAAAUCAGUCUGACCGAAGCUAUAAUAAAAGAACACAUGGAGGAAAAUGAACAAGAAGAAGAAGAAGAAAUAAAAUUGAAAGACAUUCAAGAAGAUUCGUCCAAAGGAAAAAUCCAUGGAUCUCUGUUUUGGAAAUACCUUACAUCGGGAGGAAAUAUUUUUUUUGUAAUCUUCGUUUCAUUCUUAUAUAUUACUACACAAGUAAUAGCCAGUGGGGUGGAUUAUUUCGUCAGGUACUGGGUUGAUUUAGAAGAAGCACGAAACCUCACUUUCGAAUUCAAUACCACUGAAGAAAUAAAAAUCGAACCAACGUCACCAUUGUCUACAGAUACUUGUUUGUACAUCUAUGCAGGAGGUUUAGUCCUACUUUUCAGCAUUGCUCUUUUGAGAUCGAUGUUGUUUUACAAGCUUGCAAUGUUCUGUUCACAGAAACUCCAUGAUAUCAUGUUUUCUAGUGUGAUAGAUGCGACUAUGAGGUUCUUCGAUACGAAUCCUAGUGGAAGAAUUUUGAAUAGAUUUUCGAAAGAUAUUGGUGCUGUAGAUGAACUUCUUCCAAAAGUGAUUCUAGAUUCUGGACAGAUUUUGCUUCUGAUGGUCGGUUCAUUACUGUUGGUUGCAAUUGUGAAUAGUUAUACUCUAAUUCUCGUAGCUAUAAUUGGAGUACUCUUCCUAUCUAUCAGAAACGUUUACCUAAAGACUUCCAAGAACAUAAAACGUCUUGAAGGAAUCAUGAGAAGUCCAGCCUUCACCCACCUAAACGCUACCUUGCAAGGUUUGACCACAAUCAGAUCAUUUGGUGCUCAAGAUAUUCUACGAGAUGAAUUCGAUAAACAUCAGGAUUCCCACACCAGUGCUUGGUUCAUGUACAUAUCAGCCAGUUCUGCUUUUGGAUUUUACUUGGACGUUCUUUGUUGUGUUUUUGUAGCAGUCGUCACUUUCAGUUUUCUCACAUUUGGGGAAUGUAAGUAUUACUGAAAGAUAAUACUGUAGAUGAUGA